ACUAAGAUUGGCAAUACUGAAAGUUAAUAAGCUUAUAAUUUCUCUUUAAAAUGUUAUCAAACGGACAAGCAUUUAAGUAUUUACUAUUUACUUAUCCGUGUGAAAAUAAUUACGUAUAAAGUAUGGAUUCAAUAAGAUUCGGAUUAUUAACAGUUAGUGACAGCUGCUAUAAAUAUAAAAAUGAAGAUAAAAGUGGAUAUGAAAUAGAACAAUGUAUUAAAGAUGAAAAGUCUGAUAUUGGAAAGAUUUUAAGAGGUCAAAUAUAUCAUAAAAAUAUCGUUCCUGAUGAAGAAUUUACAAUAAAGGAACAUCUAAUUUCAUGGAGCGACAGUAGACAAGUAGAUGUUAUUCUUACAAUUGGUGGAACAGGAUUUUCUAAAAGAGAUAUAACUCCUGAAGCAACAAAACAAAUUAUUCAAAAGGAAGCUCCUGGAAUAAUUGCAGCUAUGCUAAUGUCUAGUCUAAAAAUCACUCCGUUGGCUAUGUUAUCUAGAGGUGUAUGUGGAAUACGAGAUAAAACAUUGAUUAUAAAUUUACCGGGAUCACCAAAAGCUGCAAAGGAAUGCUUAAGCGUAAUUGCAUCUGCUAUACCACAUGCUGUUGACUUAAUUAGAGAUAAUAAGGAAAGAAUAAAAGAUACGCAUGCAAAUGUACAAAAUAAUAUUGUUACAGAAAUUCCCUUGUCACAAGGACAAGAUAAAAUUAUGUCAUGUUUAGCUAGUAUAGUUGAACGCAGUAGAGAAUCCCCAUAUCCAAUGAUUUCUGUGGAAGAAGCUCUACAGUUAAUACAUGAACAUGCAGAACUAUUAAAUUUGAAUGGUACAUCAGAGGAGGAUCUAGAAAAAUGUCAUGGCAGGAUAUUGGGUGGUGAUCUAUAUUCUAAGUAUGAUUUACCACCAUUUAGAGCCUCUAUUAAAGAUGGUUAUGCAGUCUUAGUAAGCGAUGGAAAAGGCAGAAGGAAAGUACUAAGUGGAAUAAAAGCAGGAGACACUGCCACUGCGAUUAAACUUGAACCCGGCAUAUGUGUAAGAGUAAAUACAGGUGCUCCAAUUCCAGAUGAUGCAACAGCAGUUGUGCAAGUUGAAGAUACUAAACUUUUAAAGGGAACUUCAGAUAGUGCGGAGGAGAAGGAAAUCGAAAUUAUGACAGAAGUACAACCGGGCCAGGACAUUAGGCCAAUUGGCUGCGAUAUUAAAAAAGGAGAAUUAAUUUUAAAGUCAGGAACAAAACUUGGAGCAAUAGAAUUAGGGCUUGCUGCUGCAUGUGGUUACAGAAAGAUAUUAGUCACUGAUCUUCCAAAAAUUGGUGUAUUAUCUACAGGAGAUGAGUUACAAUGCCCUGGGACUACUUUAAUGCCAGGACACAUAUAUGAUAGUAAUAAAAUUACAUUAUUAACAAUGUUAAAGGAAAAUGGUUUUGAUCCUUUGGACAUGGGUAUUGCAUUGGACGAUGAGAGCAUUAUGGUACAUAAGAUUAAACAUGCUCUAAAACAAGUCGACGUGCUCAUAACAUCGGGUUCUGUAUCAAUGGGCGAUAGAGAUAUGCUGAAGCCUAUUUUACAAUAUUAUUUUAAUGCUACUAUACAUUUCGGACGAGUAAACAUGAAACCUGGGAAGCCAACUACUUUUGCAACAUGCUAUUUUCAAAAUAAGAAAAAGUAUCUAUUGUGUUUGCCGGGUAAUCCAGUUUCUGCGACUGUUACUAUGAAUUUAUUUGCAUUGCCUUUACUAAAGCAAUUAUCCAAAGACAUUUCCACGCCAACGAUUGUGUCAGCAAAAUUAAUGUCAUCCUACAAGUUGGAUCCACGUCCGGAGUAUGCAAGAGCAAUUUUAAAAUGGAAUGAUGUAGAUACUUUGCCAUUAGCUUACAGUACUGGAAAUCAAAUUAGUAGUAAAUUACUUAGCUGUAAAAAUGCAAAUGCAUUAUUAAUAUUACCAGGAUGUAAAGCAGAAAAAACUGUAUUACAACAAGGGGAGGUGGUACAAGCAAUGUUGUUGGGAUUUACGCAAUGGUCAUAAUUGAACAAAGAUAAAUAGGGAGGAAAAAAUGAAAUUGUUAUAAACACUUUAUUAUUCUAUAUUUGGUUAAUAGAAUUAAAAUGUAAUAUAAUAUAUGUACAUUGUUUAUACAUAUAAAAUAUUGUUUGUUAAAAACAAGGUGUA